AUGUUGACAGAAAAAGUUGUAUUUUCACCCAAAAUUCAACCUAUUCGUCUACCAAAACACGACCUUCACGUACCAAAUGGAACACCAGUUAUUACUGCGGGUUGGGGAUUUACAGACCCAGAGAUCAUGUCAACAUCGGAUGAUUUGAUGGAAGUUAACAUCAACAUAAUUGACUGGCAAAUAUGUGAAGAACUUUUGCCCUUCUUUACACAGAGAAUGAUUUGUGCAGGAAAUUUAGAUGGAGGACUAGGUUCAUGUCAUGGUGAUUCCGGGGGACCACUGGAGUUAAACGGUACAUUAAUUGGCAUCGUAUCCUAUAAACACCCAAACCGCCCCUGUGGAGCUGCCGGUUACCCUGUGGCUUACACCAAAGUACCAGAUUUUCUAACAUGGAUAAACAAAAAUAUUGACUUCUAA